AUGCUGGCCUUCUGGCCGCCGCUUCAGGGCGUGGAGGAGGACGUGGUCUGGGUCGCGGGCUCGGAGGGGGCGGGCGAAGGCGGCGAGGAGGCCGUCCUCGAGCUCGUCGUGCGCGACUCGCGCAAGCCAGGCAGGGCGGCCGCCCCCGACCUCUGGGUGGUGCGCUCCACCUCGGCCUACGCCCUGCGGGAGCUGGCGCCCGCGUCGCUGAGUUCCGACGCGGGCCCAGCACUGCGAAGACGAGCGCAGAGUGCGCGAGGAGAUGCUGGAAGCCUUCGGGAGGCUGCUCGGCGUGGGCGACCGGCGGCCGCUCUACACGCCUCCGUGUUCCCGUGGGACCAUGCGCGGCCGAUGCGGCAGGUGGCCGCGGGUGGGGCAGCGUUCUCGCUGGACGCGGGCCGCCGGCUGGGGGCAUGCGGGGAUUUCUUCGCCGCGGGGGUCGGGCGCGCGCCGCUGGAGGGCGUGGAGGCCGCGGCGGUCAGUGGCUGGCAGCUCGGCGAGGCGCUGGGGGAGCUGCUGCUGCAGACGACGGGGCGCCUCGGGAGCCCUCGGCGCUCCGCGGCUUGGGAGAAGGCGCGCAGAGAGCUGCCCACGAGGCCCAGCUCCAAGGUGCCGGCCAAGGCCGGCACGGUGCAGCUGGGCGUCGACACGUACGGCGGCGGCCUGUGGCACACCUGGUUCGACCGGCCGCUGGGGCUGGCGGGGAAGGUGCUGGUUGGCUCUGGCAACGGCAUGUCUGAGCGCCUGGUGCACAUCCCAGAGCCCCUGUGCAUCAUCCCAAAUCUGGCGAUCCAUCUGACCACGGCCGAGGAGCGGAAGGCCUUCGAUUUCAACAAGGAGACGCAGCUGCGACCGGUGCUGUGCAGCGCGCUGCCCUCCCGCGAGGCAGCGCCCGCAGAGGGCGGCGACAGCGGCGAGAAGAAGGACGACGGCAAGAAGGGCGGCGAGCGACACCACCGCACCCUCCUGGACGAGGUCGCGAAGGCCGCGGGCGUCGAGCCCGAGGCCAUCCUGGACGUGGACCUCUGCCUGAUGGACGCUACGCCCCCCUGCGUCCUCGGGGAUUACGUCUCCACCCCGCGUAUAGACAACGUGCUCAGCACCUGGGCGGCCUUCGACGGCCUCAGCCGGAGGGUGGUGGCGCGGAGUCAUCUUGCGACGUGUGCGUGGCGGCGUCUUUUGACCACGAGGAGGUCGGCAGCGUCUCCGCCGCGGGCGCGGACUCGGCGAUCCUCGAGCGGUGGCUGA